CUGACUCGCGUAAAUCGUACAUGGAUGUGCGUGCGGAACUAUUGUACUAUCUGUUUCAUCCGGACGGAAAGGGGCGUACGACCUCAGCAUCAACAGUCGGUACCUCAAGUGAUAAGCCAGUUAGCCGUAUUCAUUCCACAUCUUCGUUUGUCCAACUGACCGCGGAUGUUUCGAGGCAUAAACAUUCGUUCACUGAAGAACCGGAUUCCUCAGAUGCAAUACCUUUAUUCUCCCUAACCGCUGGUAUUGUCCAACGACCAUUGUUGACGGAAGAGAUCAGCACGACCACUGUGUUCCAGUCUCCGAUUUUGCGUGUGAAAGAUCUGAAUCGAUCUAUUCAUGCAACAACGGGGGCAGUGAAUGAACUAUCCGAUGAUUGGCACAGCCUUGUUGCCGGACUGGAUACAGUCGAACGCUCAAAUUUGGCUCAGACUUUGAUUAACGAACUGAAGCGUUGGAUUUAUGGCUUCGUUACGGAUUGGAACAGUCGUUGUGUCGAGUUUGAAUCACUGGCUAAACGAGCUGAAAAGUCGGCAAAAGAGACCCGAAAGAAAACUUUACCACCCGGUCCAAUUGGAAUGAUCAGUGCACUUAAAACAGAUACAGCCAGCCCCCUCCUUCCCAGUCCACUGGUUGCUGACGUAGACUCCUCUCCACCCAUCACUGCGCUACGAACGCGCCAAAUCGCCGAUAGUGGUACGCGAGCUUCGAGCACUUCUCUCGCUGACAAUUUCGUCUCAGAUAUUCAUCAUGAAUCAUCCACGCAGAACGUGACCGGUAGUGUGGUUUCAUCUGUGAAUGAAACUCCCGCGCAACGUCAGAGUAAACUGGAUUUGCUUGAGAAGAAACAGCGUUUACCGGUCCUUGAUCCUCUACAUCUGAAAGGUAAAUCAGUUAUAGAAAACUUACCACGUGGCAGGUGGUCAUUCAUUUUGACCACGGAACGAACAUGUUUUCGGUAA